AUGGACAAAAAAAUCAUUGAUAGAGAAACACAUGACUUAAUGAAUGUUGAUUCAUUCUCUCAACUUCCCUUCAUCCGCCCUCCACCUAAAGAAAAAGGCAUCCGCCUCUUCGGCAUCGAGUUCGGCGGCCGAGCGGCCGCUGAUGACAUCGACGACUCCUCGGAGUCUCUCGAAACAACAUUCGAGGCUGAAAACAACAACACCAACAAAGACACCAACACUAACACCAACAACAGCAACAACAACAGCAGUAACAACAUGGAAAACAACAGAAGAUUUGAAUGUCAUUACUGUUGUAGAAACUUUCCAACUUCACAAGCUUUAGGUGGUCAUCAAAACGCACACAAAAGAGAACGUCAACAUGCAAAACGACAACACCUUCAAUCAACCAUGGUACAUGCUACAUCUUUCUCUGAUCCACAUCUCUACCAUCACCAUCAUCAACAACAACAGCAUCCUCUCUACAGAUUCACAUCUUCCUCACCAUCCUCAUUAUCAUCAUCACCUUCUUAUCCAACAUGGAACUCAAACUCAGCCACUGCAAGAUUCUAUAACCUUCCAACUUCUUCAUACUCUCAACAACCUAUCAAUGGUAGUCCUUUAGCUUUUUGGAGAAUCCCAAACGCCACCAUCCAGAGUAACCCUAGUUUCAACUAUGAACGUCCUUUGCCUUUACUUGCUUCCGAGGAAACAGCGAAUCAAUCACAGGACGGAUUCGCUCAUGGAGUUCGAUCUACUGUUUCUCAUAAUCGCUACGUUUAUGAUACUAAACGUAGCGACCAUGUUAGUUUAGAUCUUCAUCUCUAA